ACUAAAAGCCAAUGAAUGAUUUUGAGCGUGUUUGCCACCGUAAGUCUUACUGUCAUGGCGACGUCCAGCACCGGCAUGGGGACAUCUGAAGCGCUGCGCUAUUCUGAGUAUAUGCCAGGUCCGAAUGCGGGCUCAUCCACUGAUAUUGAUCGACGACUGGGUGGAACAUUAAUAGCGGUGGGACUUGGUGUUGCAGCUGCGGCUUUUGCAGGUCGCUUUGCAUUUCAGCUGUGGAAACCUUUGGGUCAAGUUAUAGCAGAAAGCGCUAAAAAAAUCCCAACCCCAAGCCUUUCUUAUUAUUACAAAGGAGGAUUUGAACAGAAAAUGAAUAGGCGGGAAGCUAGCCUUAUUCUAGGUGUCAGUCCGUCUGCUAGCAAAUCCAAAAUUCGCGCAGCUCAUCGAAAAAUCAUGAUUUUAAAUCAUCCAGAUAAAGGUGGAUCUCCUUAUAUGGCAAUGAAGAUCAAUGAAGCAAAGGACUUACUGGAAUCCACUACCAAACCUUGAUAGAGAUAAAUUAUAACUUGCAUUAGGCCUGUUACUAAUUGAUGUGUUUCAGUGUAAAGUAUUUAUGCUGGUUAUUUGCACUUCCAGACUUCUUUUUAUUCCAAGUUCCAACUAUACCUGUAUUUAUUUUGAGGAAGUUUCAGGGACAAGCCAUUUAGUUUCAGGGUCCCAAGAACUGGAUGCUAUUGGUGACGCUUUUGUCAGAUACACAACUGUCCUCUAGAAACCUCUAAAAUAUGGCAUUGCCAUUUCUUAUAGUAUCCUACUGUAAGCAGUUCUUCAUAUGAGAUUGGUUUGCUUCUUUAUCUUUAAUAAUGACAGUACAUACCAGUUGAUGUUAAUAUAAGUAUCAUUAUGAUGAUAAACAGUUUUGGGUUUUUUCAUGUUCAAAAUAUUCAAAACCUUUUUUUAUACAGAAUCCCAUACUUUCCAUAGAUUAUUUUGAAUUAGCAGUGUUUUUAUGCACUGCAACAUGGAACAAUAUUGAAUUCAGGAUUUAUGCAGAUGUGUUCCAGCACUUUGCAUCUGUGCCAAGGCCAAAUCCUUUCUAUGUAAGCUGGAAAGAAUGUACAAAACACAGUUCCAGAGCUGUAGAUACUCUUGGGUGACAAUGCUAGCAACUACAAUAAAUGCAAUUAGGAGGCUUCAAUCUUCUCUAUAAUUUGGACCUCUGCUGUUUCUGCACCAGCUCCCAUACAAUUUGAAACAUUAAAUAAGUAAUAAAAUCCUUUAUUAUCUUUUGUGUUUUUGUUUUAAAUUAUUUUCCCCACAUUCAACAGCUGCCUAAUGAACAAGACAUUAAUAUCAGAGAGAAUAUAAAUUUUUAGCUAUAUAAGACGCUGCACCAUGCCUACUGAAUUUAUAGUGUUUGUUUAUUGUAGAUUGUACUGCACUUUACAUGUUAUGUUUAUAAUACAUAAUGCCUUAGCUAAAGAACCCCCCAACAUUCUACUAAGUGCAGGUGCAGGGAAUUUUUCAUUGAGUGGCCAUAAGACUAAUGAAACGUGUUCUGCAUUCUCAUGGCUAACUCAGUGGAGAACCAUAUCAUAUUCAGGAGCAAAUCUAAGUCCUGUGGAGUUAAUGGGAUAUGCCUUUGUGUGUAUGUGUAAUAAAUCUCUUAUUUUGCUUGUA